GAUACGAGUGUGUUCAUUAGUCCAGUUCCAGGCUUCUCCGUAAGUCGAUUUCAAGUAAAUCUGUAAAGUAUGAAGCGUUUUUUGUUGUUUCUUGCCUUAUUUUGGCUGACGGCUUGCGACAAUUCCUCUGAUGAUGUGAGUCUGGAUGACUUAAAAACAUUAAACUCUAAGGCCAACAAAGAUUUAUUAAUGGCGAUUCAAGCGUUAGUAAGCGAAGUUUACGUCUCGGAUAAACUAGGCACCAUACAAGAAGUAGUAAGUUCCUUCAAGGAAGACAAAGACACGGCCAAUGUAACCUUAAUAGCUUCCCAAAACGUUUAUAAUGACGAUGGAACUCUAAAGGAGAUUCGAACUAUUGAACUCUCCAUACCAAAUACUACGGAAUCUUCCGUGAUCUCUUUGAACUUAAAAGACAUGGAUACCAGCAGUGGCUUUGAUUCGGACGAUAUGGAUCAACUGAGGGAGGCCAGGGACACUCUUCAAACGCUUUCAAUGCUGGGCAUGGAUACGGAUCUGAUUUAUGCCGAAAGGGAUGAUUCCGAGGAGGAUUUAGACGUUAUUGUCUUUAGUAAAAACUUUAUGAUGCUUAAAACCUAUGAUUUCACCUUCAUAAACGAAACAAUUGUAAUGGAUUCUCUUGACGAAGUAAACAAGGACUAUAAGAAAGUCAUCAAAAACAAUCUUCCCAUCUUACAACCGGAGAUCCUCCCUACGAGCGUCUUAAUGUACGAUCAAAAUGGGAAAUAUUUGAAGGAAAAAUCGAAUGUCGUGCCACAAAUUAUGUCUGUAAUACACAGCAUAAAUGGCGAAGUGAGCUUUGACAUAUUAGAGUUGUCCUUAAAAGCCUUGAGCGACGCAAUCUUGGAAUCUGAAGAUGUGGAUUACAAAGAUGUGCCGGAAAAUGUGAGAAAAACUCUCAUCGAAUCUUAUCCAGAUCUAAUUUUCAUUGUAACGGGCGAAAGUCUAACUUCCGCAUACGUCAGCAAGGAUUUCUCUAUCGAUUUGCGAUAUGAAUUUUUGGACUUGCAAGAGUCAUUGUCUUAUACUAUAUUUGGUUAUAAUCGCACAGCGUCACACUAAUAUUUGAAAAAAAAAUUUGUCGCUAAUAAAGUUAUAUUUGUU